AGAAAGUUCAGAGUAGCGCUCGGUUUAAAACACCCUUGGCUUUCAAAAAUAAUUCAUAAUUACAAAGGUGGAUUUCCUCCUCUAUCUUUGCUAUUGAACAGACUAAACAAUGGCAUACAACGCUUCAGACUACUACGGGAGGGCUCCGGUAGACGACCCUGAGGCUCGAAAGAGGGAAGAGGCAAAGAAAGCCAAGGAAGAACGCCUCUCGGCACUGGUCAGCCAGGCUCUGACGCAGGAGGCCAGAGAGCGAUUGAAUCGAGUUGCCUUGGUGCACAAGGACCUCUCAAAAGUCGUUUCCGAGCGAAUAGCUUCGGCGGUGCAGUGCGGUAUGCUGUCGUCUAAGAUCGACGACAAGCAACUCAUAGCUAUGCUGGAGAAGGCCAAGCGCAUGACCACCACGCAGACCAGGAUCACGGUGCAGAGGAAGGGCGAGGGUGACUGCAUUUUGGGCGCCCACGACAAGAGGAGCGAGGGAUCCGACUCCGAAGAGGAGUUCGACUCGUCCGAGAGCGACGGAGAGGACUCGGGCGCUUGACAGGCUGUUCGUUCUGAGGGAGUGCGGGCGUGACGUUGUGGAGUGGAAGAGUCCGUCAGUUUUCGUGUAAAUUUCAUGGAAUUCUCGUUACGCAAUUUUUUUUUUUCAUUUAUCUGCAUUGGUCGCUCGACGGAUGCAAUUUGAAAGUGAAGCAGUUGUGAUCAACAAUGAUGAACGAAUGCGAUGUAAAACCCGCUGCCGAGGAGGUGUUGAAGCAGAAGCCGGAGGACUUGCUUAUGGACGGUGGGAUUUUGAAGACCAUUCUUAGAGAGGGUGAGGGAGAGGAAACGCCUAGAGAGGGGUCUGAGGUGUCAGUGCACUAUACGGGUGUUUUGGUGGAUGGAACGAAGUUUGACAGUUCCCUGGACAGGGGGCAGCCGUUUAAGUUUGUGGUUGGCGAGGGCAAGGUGAUAAAAGGCUGGGACAAAACCUUGUUGACGAUGAGACGCGGCGAGAAGUGUUCGGUCGUGUUGGAGCCGAAGUACGCGUACGGGGAGUCUGGCUCGCCUCCGAAGAUUCCGCCCAACGCGACGUUGAAAUUUGAGAUAGAGUUGUUGGACUUUACCAAUGCGACGGACGUGUCGAAGAAGAAGGACGGGAGCGUGAUGAAGACCACGUUGAAGUCUCCUGAGAAAAAGUCGUACGAGAAGCCCAAUUUUGGCGCGACUUGCACGAUUGCGUAUUCCGUGGCGCGCUUGAGCGGGGACGUCUUGUCUCCGGAGCAGCAGUUGACGUACGUCGUGGACGAGGGGCGCUUCCCGAAGGCCGUGGAGACGGCGGUUAAGAGUUUGGUGCAGGGAGAGAGGGCGAAGUUUACGAUCAAGCCCGAGCAAGCGUACGCGGAUGAGGGGUGUCCCGCUCUGAACAUUCCCGCUGGCGAGACGACGGUGUGGACUAUCGAGCUGUUCGAUUUGCAGAAGUUGCCGUCCAGUUGGAACAUGGACUUGAACGCGAAGCUGGAGGCGGCUGAGUCCGGAAAGCAGCGAGGAAACGAGCUGUUUUCGCUGGGAAAGUACAAGUACGCCGCUAAGAGGUACAAAAACUCCCUCAGCUACAUAGAGUACACGAGCGGCGAGGCGGACCCGGAGGUGGUCAAGAAGAUCAACGACUUGAAGUCGAUCUUGAACCUGAACAUCUCCCAGUGCUACUUGAACCUCAAGAAUCACAAGGAGGCCCUCAAGGCGGUCGAGAAAGUUUUGGAAAAAGAGCCGAAUAACAUAAAGGCAUUGUAUAGGCGCGGCAUGGCCAGGAUGAUGAAUCAGGACUGGGACCUUGCGAAGGAGGACUUUAGGAGCAUAUUGCAGCAGGAGCCCAACCAGAGGAGUGCGAUAUGCAAAUUGAACGAGGCGAACGCCAAGAUUAAGCUCCAAAAUGAAAAGGAUCGCGCGAUCUUCUCGAAGAUGUUCCACUGAUCUUCUUUGUAAGUUUUUUUGAUGGGGCGUAGGAAAAAAAGUAAAUAAAUAAAUUGUUGGGCGCUUAUAAAC